AUGCACCUAAUUUUCGCUGCCCUCUCACUUUUUGCCAAUACCGUAAUGGCGGCCGACUCCGCAUCCGGACUAUCGACGCACGUCCUGGAUAUUUCACAGGGAAAACCCGGCGCCGGAUGUAAUGUGGAAACGUUUCGCUUGGACGAUAAAGAAUGGACGCUGGUCGGGAGGAGUAAGACCGACGAGAACGGGCGGAUCGCGUCAGCGUUGGUGCUCGACGCUGAGGAGGUUCAGCUGAAGAAUGAUACUACGUAUAAGCUGCGAUUUGAUACGGCGGAAUACUAUGAACGGGAUGGGAUCGAUUGUUUCUAUCCACAUGUUGAGGUAAUGUUCCGAAUCGCUGACGCCACCCGCCAUUUUCACGUGCCGAUCACGCUGGCCCCCUACGGAUAUUCCACCUAUAAAGGGCAA